CUUCCGGGAUCCCGUAGAGGCCGGAAGCGGGGCUCUCUCACUUCCGACUCUGCCAUUAUUUUCACUUGUUUGGGCCGGGGAAAAUGUACCGUGUCCUCGCUUAGUGGUCGCGUAUGUGGACCGGUGCGGAGACGGAGGGUCGGCCGCCGGCGUCGCCGGACCCGCGCUGCGGUGGCCAGAGCCUGGGGCGGCGCGAUCCCUGCGGCGCUCCGGAGGCGCCUCUUUGCCUCUUUGUCGCGGUCAUCUGACCAGCCGCGUCUGGCUUGGAGCCGGCGGAACGAUGAGCAGGGCAGACGUGGCCAGGUGAGCGGCGCUGCAGAAGCCUGGUCUAACAGGAGAUGUGACACUCCACUUUCUUCCCCAACCCUGAAGAAAUAUCUCCUGAGAUCUGAACUGUAGUCUGUCAUUUUAAUUGGACUACCUGCAACUGGAGCAAGCUUCUCUUUGGAAUCAUAAUGACCACAGAAGGCAGGGGAACUUUAGGCCUCAUCCCCAGGAGCUCUGUUUUCCAGAAGCAGGCUGGGUGUCUGAUUGUGAAGCAGCAGCCAGGGAACCAGACCAGGGGACCGGGCUGCAGUCUCCCGAAGAACCACCCUCCUGUCUGUGAAAUCUUCAGGCUGCACUUUAGGCAGUUAUGUUACCAUGAGAUGUCUGGGCCUCAGGAGGCACUAAGCCGGCUCAGGGAGCUUUGUCGCUGGUGGCUAAUGCCAGAAGUUCACACCAAGGAGCAGAUCCUGGAGCUACUGGUGCUGGAACAGUUCUUGAGCAUCCUUCCUGUGGAGCUCCGAACCUGGGUGCAGUUUCAUCACCCUGAGAGUGGUGAGGAGGCUGUGGCUGUGGUGGAGGAUUUCCAGAGACACCUCAGUGUACAGGAAGAGGUUUCAGCCUCAGCACAGGAACAGGAAGUACAUAUGGAGGAGACAACAGUUCUGGGUACAACAGAGGAAUCUCCUACCUCACCUCUCAGUGGGGGUUCAGCCCCUGGAGCCCACCUGGAACCUCCUCAUGACCCAGGGGCACACCACCUCCCCAGUGGGCAUUUCGCUCAACUUGCAUCUAUAGUUCCGGCUCAUUCUCAGAUGGGGAACUCAGGAGACCAAGUAAUGGCCACUGUGCUUCAGAUGGUCAAGGCCCAGGAGACUGCCACAAAUGAGGACCUGUCAGUGGACUGUACACAGAAGAAGUGGAAAGGCCCUGCUGUCAGGCAGAGAGCCUUGUACCGGAACACAAUACUGGAAAACUACAGCAUCAUGAACUCACUGGCAGGUGAGAAUAGGAUGGAGAGUUCUGAAUUCACUCCAAAGCAGACCAUUUCUAAAGGAUCAGAGUCAUCUGAUAGGUCACCACGGGGACUCUUUGGGGUCACUUCUAUGGGACCAGAAGUUGAAGAUGUCUGUGAAGAUACUUUGAGAAAGCUGGAAGGGCAGCCCUCAGAUGAAGAGGGGAACAGUUUGGAAAUCAAUUUUUUGGAAAUAACAGAUGAGGAUAAGAAGAACUCCACAAAAGACAGAUGUGAGGAUUAUAAGGAAGUAGGGGAACAUCCAAAUCUGUGCCCCAGUCCUGAGGAAUAUCAAGGAGUUCCAAAGGGACAGAAAUUCUUUCAGUGUGAUGAAUGUGGCAAAGUGUUCUAUCGGAGUUCACACCUCAUUGGCCACCAGAGAAUCCACACUGGAGAGAAACCCUAUGAGUGUAAUGAGUGUGGUAAGACCUUCAGGCAGACCUCCCAGCUAAUUGUUCACCUCAGAACUCACACUGGGGAAAAACCCUAUGAAUGCAGUGAGUGUGGGAAGACCUAUCGGCACAGCUCCCAUCUCCUUCAACACCAGAGACUUCAUAAUGGGGAGAAACCCUAUAAAUGUAAUGAAUGUGCAAAAGCUUUUAAUCAGAGUUCCAAACUAUUUGAUCACCAGAGAACCCAUACUGGGCAGAAACCUUAUGAAUGCAAGGAAUGUGGGUCAGCUUUUAGUCGGAGUAAAAAUCUUGUCCGACAUCAGGUCCUUCACACUGGUAAGAAACCUUACAAGUGUACUGAGUGUGGGAAAGUCUUCUGUUCUAACAGAAAUCUUAUUGAUCAUCAGAGGAUCCACACUGGAGAGAAGCCUUAUGAAUGUAAUGAAUGUGGCAAGGCCUUUAGUCGGAGUAAAUGUCUUAUUCGACAUCAGAGCCUCCACACUGGGGAGAAACCACACAAAUGCAGUGAAUGUGGGAAAGCCUUCAGUCAGAAUUCUCAACUCGUUGACCAUGAACGAAUUCAUACUGGAGAAAAGCCUUUUGAAUGUAGUGAGUGUGGUAAGGCUUUCAGUCUGAGUAAGUGCCUUAUUCGGCACCAGAGGCUUCACACAGGUGAAAAACCCUAUAAAUGCAAUGAGUGUGGAAAAUCCUUCAAUCAAAACUCUCACCUCAUUAUACACCAGAGAAUCCACACUGGUGAAAAGCCCUAUGAAUGUCAUGAGUGUGGGAAGGUAUUCAGUUACAGCUCUAGCCUUAUGGUACAUCAGAGAACCCAUACUGGGGAAAAGCCCUACAAAUGCAAUGAUUGUGGGAAAGCCUUUAGUGACAGUUCACAGCUUAUUGUGCACCAGAGAGUUCACACUGGAGAGAAACCUUAUGAAUGUAUUGAAUGUGGGAAAGCUUUUAGUCAGCGUUCCACUUUUAAUCACCACCAGCGAACUCACACUGGAGAGAAACCCUCAGUUCAGGCUGAAAAGAGACAAUAUGUAUGUACUGAGUGUGGGAAAGCCUUUAGUCAGAGUGCCAACCUUACAGUGCAUGAGCGGAUCCAUACAGGGGAGAAACCCUAUAAGUGUAAGGAGUGUGGGAAAGCCUUCAGUCAUAGCUCCAACCUUGUGGUUCAUCGGAGAAUCCACACUGGACUAAAGCCUUAUACUUGUAGUGAAUGUGGGAAAUCUUUCAGUGGUAAGUCACACCUCAUUCGGCACCAGGGAAUCCACAGUGGGGAAAAGACGUUUGAAUGUAAGGAGUGUGGGAAAGCUUUUAGUCGGAGUUCAGGGCUUAUUUCACACCACAGAGUUCACACUGGGGAGAAGCCCUACACUUGUAUUGAGUGUGGGAAAGCCUUUAGCCGCAGUUCAAACCUUACACAACAUCAGAGAAUGCACAAAGGAAAAAAAAUUUACAAGUGCAAGGAGUGCGGGAAAACUUGUGGUUCUAAUACAAAGAUUAUGGACCAUCAGAGAAUUCACACGGGGGAGAAACCCUACGAAUGUGAUGAAUGUGGAAAAGCUUUCAUCUUAAGGAAGACCCUUAAUGAACAUCAGAGACUUCAUCGAAGAGAGAAGCCUUACAAAUGUAAUGAGUGUGGGAAAGCAUUUACUUCUAAUCGAAACCUUAUUGAUCAUCAGAGAGUCCACACUGGAGAGAAACCCUAUAAAUGUAAUGAGUGUGGGAAAACCUUCAGGCAGACUUCUCAAGUUAUUCUACAUUUGAGAACCCACACUAAAGAGAAACCCUAUAAGUGUAGUGAGUGUGGGAAAGCCUAUCGUUACAGCUCACAACUUAUUCAACAUCAGAGAAAACAUAAUGAAGAGAAAGAAACCUUGUAAAUAACAAACAUUGGCAGUAAUAUAGCUAAAUGCUUCUAAAAAACAAUUUUCAGUGUUAAUUUUAACUCUAUUUCUAAGAAUCCAUAUAGGGAAAAUAAUAAUAGACAAAGGUUAACAAAAGGGAUAUUCAUGCUAGCAUCAUACAUAAAUGUAUGAGAGGGAGAGAGACCUCAGUUUUCAAUAGGAUGGGGUUAAAUGAAUGCUGCUCUAUCUAUAUGAUGGUUCUGCAGCCACUGUAAACAUAAUAGCCCUAGAAUAUGUGAUGUCAUGGGGAAAUGAUUUGGAUAAAAUAGAAAAGCUGGACAUGGUGGCACAUGCCUGUAAUCCCAGUGACUCAGGGGCUGAGGCAGGAGGAUCACAAGUUUGAGGCCAGCCUUAGCAAUGAGGCAAAGCCUAAGCAACUUAAAGAGACUGUCUCAAAAUAAAAAAAAUAAAAAGGGCUAAAGAUGUUGCUCAGUGGUUAAGCACCCCUGGGUUUAACCUCUAGUAAGGAAAAAAAAAAAGAAAAAUUUCAAUGAAAUAUCAAAAAUUUUAAAACCUUAAAGCAAACUAAAAUGUUAUCUCUAUGUGAUAGAAUUGUAGAUUAUUUCUAUUUUCUUUUGUAUACUUUUCUAUGCUUUCUAGAUUUUCUACAAUGAAAAUGCUCUACUUUUAUAUUUAGGGAAAAAAGUAUAGUAUUUUUUAAAUGCAGUAAAUCCAUGCUCAUUUUCACUCAACUGUUCUGGGAAAGGCGCAUAGUAUACAGUCUAAAGUCUCAGAAUUACGUCUUAAUACUGGCAUUUAGCUGUAGUGGAACCAUAAGUGAGUCAAUUCCUUCUACAGGUGAUUUCCUGGUAGUAAAAUUAUAGUUUGUCUUUUGCAGUUUUAAGAUAAAUUGACUAUAGAGUUGUCGGCAAAGUGUGUGAUCGCUGUUAGGUGAAAAGAACAGGAAAAUAUUUAGGGCGUCUUACUUUCCCUCAGUAGUGGAAGGAUCUGCAGAUGAUGAAGAACUAUAUAGGCUCCAUCUUUCCAAUAUGUGUCUGGGCAAAUAGAAAAACAUGUUCCUUUAUGAAAUUGAAUCAAUCCUAGGCUCAAAAACUAUAAAGAGUUCCAGGAAUCAUUACAUAAUAAAAGUAGUGAAAGACUGCCUUCACAUCUUAUAUAGAGCUUAGUAGGUGAUCUGUGUUCUAAUAUCAAGUCUGCCAAGUAUUCACUUGUCAAUUUUAGACAAGUAAAUUUAAACGCUCAGACUUUUCUGUAAAAAGGGAAUAAUUCUCUGCCUCACAGGAUUGCUGUGAAGAUUAAAUAAAAUGGUGCAUGUGAUGGAUGACAAGCCUGAUACAUGGUAAAUAAUAAUAGCCCAAGAGUAGGCUAUUGUAGUGGUAUACAAGUAUUAUAGCAAUGUUUUGAAACACUUGACAGAACUUUUGCCAAAGGUAACAGUAGGUUUUCAGGUAAUGAACAGAAUACCAAGUGUAAAAACUUAAGAGGAAGUCUAGUAGUAAGCAGUUCUGAGUUUGGUUUGGCAACUCAACAAACUUUCAAUUUAACACCAUGAUUUUUAGCCAUAUUGACUCAUUUUUCAUAAUCUUGGUUGCUGCAAGUUUCUUUUCUUCAUACAACUCUUAUAAAGCUAGGAAUUGGGGUUUCUUUCUUUUAUCAUUGAGAAAAAUCUUCCUCAGAAGCAGGGAGGGAAGAAUGCUGAGUAGUCAGUACUACAGACGCAUGCUCACCAGCUUUCUCUGCCUUCUUUAUGGCCAACGCUUUAAGAAGGCCUAUACCCAUUUUCAACCAGUAUUCAAAAUGUUUUUAAGUCCUAUUCAAAAUGCAUCCGGCAACAGUUAGAUCUCUCCAUUCUUUUUUUUUUUUCCUGCCAUAGUGGGGGAGCAGCCCUGGGGAUUGAACCCAGGGAUGCUUUCCCACUGAGCUCCAUCCCUACUCCUUUUUAUUUGGAGACAGGUAUUGCAAAGUUGCUGAGAGUCUUGUUAAAUUGCUGAGACUGACAUUAAACUUGCGAUCCUCCUGCCUCCGCCUUCCGAGUCACUGAGAUUCUGGCAUGCACCACCAUCAUGCCCUGAAUCUCCACAUUCCUUUUCUUUGUAUAUAGUAAGUUCCGAAGCCCAUUGUCAUUUGUCUUAUACAUAGUGAUUCAUUGUUUUAGGAAUUAUUAAUGAUUUGUUAUCUUAUUCAAUCCAACAUUUUGUACAAGAAAAUUUGUGAGGUUAGGUGACAAGCUAAUUAGUGCUUGGAGCCAGGAUUUAAGCCGAGAUCUGACUUUGAAGUCCAUAAUUUCUUCAUUAUACCAAAGUGCCUCUGCCAUGGUGAUUCUGUGUAUGAGUGGGGUUCUCCGGGGCAUCCACCUCUAUGAAAGGUGGUUGUAUCUGGACAAUUAUUUGACAUUGGUUUCAUAAGGAAGAUGCUAUUUUUUUCUGAGAUGUAUGGCCCAUCUCUACCUCAUAAUUUAGUUUUAAAGGGAUAUAUAUAUGUACACACACUCAUAUAUAUAUCUUCCUUGCAGUUACUGGAAAGAAAGAAGUGAAGAGUGUGAAAGGUGUAUAUUUGUGUAAAACAGGAUUGUUUGGCUUUGUCCUGAUUUUUGGAUAGUGGUUUUUACACAAUUUUGUGACAUAAUAGUCCUCUUUGCAUAGUCAAAGCAGGUUUGUGCAGCAUGGAACAGAUUUGCUGCAUUCAGGAGCAUUCAUUGCUGAGCAGCUAUUCUUUGAUCAUGAUGUCAUCAUUUUCCCAUUGCUAUGUCGUAUUAUCUAGAAUUCAGAUAGGCUUUCUUUUACAUCAAGAAAGACUCUGUGAUCUUUAAGAUUAAAUAGAGUAAAUAGAGUAUCCUUCUAGGAUGGAUAUCAUGUUAUCCAAUAUCCAGGAUCUGAAUACAAAAGAUCACUUUCUUGGCCCAGGAAUGUUAGGAACAUAGUCCCUUGAAACCCUUACUGUCAGCUCUUGCCUUGGAGUUUAAACCUGCAGCUAGGACCAUUCUUAAACUCCUCUCAUAAUAUCCUCUGAAUUCAGGGGCUAUUUCUGAGUGUGUUUUCUUCACAUUGUUCCAGUGGAACCUGGCUAUUCCCUAGGGCAAUGCUUCCUCUGAAGUCCCUCAAUUACUAGUUUUUGUCUCCCUCAAGCCGUGUACCUCUCUGUACUGCCAUUUCUUUCCUAUUCUCCAUCAGAAACACUGCCCUCUUGAAAUGUACAUCAUGACAGUACUGUGUAUUAUCGGUCCUUGUUUUUGUCAUCUGCUGGCUUCCUGUGUUGUCACCUUAUCUCAUGGUUUUAGUUCCCCGAAUUUUCCUGAGGCAUAUGAAGAGGUACUAUUUUUAGCCACUAUAUCCUGAUUAUGUAGAACUGCUCUCUGUGGAAUAAAAAUGUGUGCUUUCUUAGAUGAGAGGAAGAUGUGAAAUCUCAUUUAAUACAAUUAUAGGGAAACACAUAAAGAAACCUGCUUAGAAAAAUGUUAUUUCCCUGGAUUUAGAGGUUUCUUUCAUAGAUGGUGUAUACUAUGUUAUGUCUUACUUGGUAGAAAAUUGAAACCAAAACUUGAUUUAGUUGAGUAAUUGUAUUGUAUGUAAAUUCCAUAAGACUGAAUUUUAUUGCAGGUCUAUAGCUUCAGUGACAGACUUCCUUUUUUAAUUUUUCCAUCCAGUGUAAAUAAAAGGAUGCUCAUAUUAUUAAAUGGUUUUUAGUUACCAGACUGGUUUUAGUCACUUCUAAUAUCAUUAAACUGGAGUCAUAAAACUGUUUUUGCAGGAAAUAAUGAUAAUUCUUCCAAUAAACUUCUGCUAUUCUUA